GGAGGGAGGCCCCGCCCAUUUCCCCAGGCAGGCGGCGGCCCCGGGGCAGGAGGGUCGGCCCUGCCUCGCGGGCGGAAUGAGGAGCGACGCUGACUCAGGCCCCCACCGGCGGGCGCGAGUGUCCCGCCUCGCGUCCUUCAGCGCGUCCCAUCGACUCCACAGCAAAUCUCUCAGUAAUGAAGAAAACUUGAAACUCUUUGGGAAAUGCAACAAUCCAAAUGGCCAUGGGCACAAUUAUAAAGUUGUGGUGACAGUACAUGGAGAGAUUGAUCCUGUUACAGGAAUGGUUAUGAAUUUGACUGAUCUCAAAAAGUAUAUGGAGGAGGCAAUCAUGAAGCCCCUUGAUCAUAAGAAUCUGGAUCUGGAUGUGCCAUACUUUGCAGAUGUUGUAAGCACAACAGAAAAUGUAGCUGUAUAUAUAUGGGAAAACCUCCAGAAAUAUCUUCCUGCGGGAGUUCUUUAUAAAGUAAAAGUAUAUGAAACUGACAAUAAUAUUGUAGUCUAUAAAGGAGAAUAGCUCUUAGAGAUUAAUACCAUAGAAAGGUUUAAUUACUUUCCAUAUUUGAAGACAAUCUUUAUUCCCCUGGAUAAUUGAGAAGUCAUCACAUGAUGGUUAUACCCUCGUAUUAUAUUAUGAAGUACCUGAUGUAUUGAAAUUAUUGUGAGUAAGACCUUUUUUAAAUUCCAGUCUAUUUUAAAUCCAAAUCUAUGAUGUAUUCUGGGUGUCAUUUAAAGAGUGUAUUAUCCAUAAAUUACAAUUGUUUUAGUAGAACGUUUUGGUGUAAAAUUAUUUGAAAUCAAAAUAAAUCUAUUUUUGUUUUUUC